AUGGCGGUGGAGAAUUGCAGUGUAUUUUCUGAGUUCAUAUUCUUAGGACUUUCCAGCAGAUGGGAUGUGCAACUUGAACUCUUUGUAUUUUUUCUCUUUGUUUACGGCACAACUGUGAUUGCCAAUGUAGGGAUGAUGCUUCUGAUCAAGACGGACUCCAGACUCCACACGCCCAUGUACUAUUUCCUGAGCAAUCUGUCUUUCUGUGAUGUCUGUUAUUCCUCCUCCGUCUCUCCCAAGAUGCUGGCUGAUUUCUUAGCUGAGAAAAAGAGCAUUUCAUAUCAUUUCUGUCCCAUUCAAAUGUAUUUUUGGGGUGUCUUUGCAGAUGUGGAAUGUCUCAUGCUGGCUGUCAUGGCUUAUGACCGUUAUGUAGCCAUUUGCAAUCCACUUCUUUAUACAAUUGCCAUGUCAAGGAGACUCUGUACCCUGCUGGUUGUCCUCACCUACAUCAUGGGCUUGAUAGAUUCUGCAAUACAUACCUGCUUAACAUUUCGAUUGUCAUUCUGCAAUUCCAAUGUCAUUAAUCACUUCUUUUGUGACAUCCCUCCUCUACUUGCUCUUGCUACCUCAGAUACCUCCAUCAAUGAGAUAAUGCUGUUCGUGUUUGGUACCAUUAUUCUGGGCUGCAGCAUCAUCACUGUCCUCCUCUCCUACAGCUACAUCAUAGCUACCAUCCUUCGAAUGAAAUCAGCUGAGGGGAGACGCAAAGCCUUCUCUACCUGUGCCUCCCACUUAAGCACAGUAGCUCUCUUCCAUGGCACACUUCUCUACAUGUAUUUUAGACCCAGCUCCAGUUACUCCAUGGACAUUGACAAAAUGACUUCUGUUUUCUACACAGUUGUUAUCCCUAUGUUGAACCCAUUGAUCUACAGUUUGAGGAAUAAGGAUGUAAAAAGUGCCCUGACAAAAGCAAUCAGCUCUAAACUAUGUCCUGGGCAAAACCAAUGA